AUGGGAGAUGAUCAAAGGUUUAGUGAGAAAUGGGAAUUCAGAAGGCAAGAGAACAACUUUGAUGAUUCUUCAAGCGAUGAUCCAGACUCAAACUCGACCCAAGACCCUAUCAUCCAUAACCCAAAUCUUGUUCUUGAUUCGAAUCAGCUCGAUGAUGGAACAAAGACGGUCACCAGAGAACAACCUGCGAAAACCACCAGGAAGAGGAGGAGCAAGAAAGAUGAGAGUAGUAAAACUGAGAAGGCCAAGCAAGUAAGGAGAAGGAAACCAAAAGCUGUUUGUGCAGAGGAUUCUACUAAGAAGAAAGAUGAAACGACAUUGGAGACGGAUGAUGAUGAUGUUGGAAUGUUUAUGAAGACGUUGCUCGAUGAUCUUACAGCUUCUAGAGAGAGUUUAAUGGAUUGGAUGAAGACUGAACUGUGUGGAACGGAUCAUAAUGCUGCCUCUCGGCCUCCUCCCAGGAAGAGAGCGGUUGCUGCAGUAGCAACGCAGAGACCAGUGAAGAAGAGGACAACGAAGACGAAGAAGAAGGGAGAAGAGGAGGAGAAGGAGACUGAGAAACAGAGCAAACCGGACGAGAUUUGUCAAGAGAUGAUGAGAAAAGAUAAAGAGAUUGCGCAGAACAACGGUGGAGAUAAAGUUCAAGAGCUUGAUUACAAUGCUGGACCGUUGGAUGUGUUUCUCAAGAGCAGCGAUCAUGGCGGUUUAGGAAGAAACUACUUUCAGCAACAAGAACAAAGUCAUCAAGAAGGGAUUGUUGCGCAAACUGAGAAGAAUGUGACAGUGACGACAAACCAGAAGAGCGUUGUUUUGGCCAUCAAAGCUCCAACGUUGAGUCAGAAACAAAAGAAGAUGAGAGAAGUGAAAAACAGAGCAUCUAUGGUGGAGAGAAGAGGAUCUGAAACGCAGAAAGAUGAUAACUUUGCGAUACCCUUUGCGCCGCCGAGUCUGUCUUCAUCAUCGCCAUUGUUGCAGAGUUUUCCAGUUGGUCCUUCGUUGAGCUCGUUGUUUCCUCCUUCUUCAAGCCAAGUGAUUACUUCUUAUGCAAGUGACAACAACAACUUUCAACUGAGACAACCACCGGUUAGUAGUCAGAUUCCUGAUCUUUAUGAACUUCAGACAGGAUUCACAGGAGGAAAAGGAUUUGGGAAUCCUCUGUUUCACAACAACAACAACGGUUACUUCUCUGGUUUUCCGGCAGCUUUCCAGCCUAAUCUGAUCUCCGGCGGUUAUAACUUUCCGGCACAAGUGAACCCUGCAACUACUUCACAGCAGAGUGGCAAUAACAAUAUGUUUGGAGGUCUGAGAAUGGCCGGUGGAGCCAUGAGACUUUCAGAAUCCCAAGUCGGAAACUGUAAUAAUAGCCUCUCUGAUUACAGAAAUAGCUCUGGUAGAUAA